AUGGCGGCUCGCUGGAGCAGUGAGAAUGUGGUGGUGGAGUUUCGAGAUGCCCAGGCCACCGCCAUGUCCGUGGACUGCCUGGGCUCCCACGCUGUGCUGUCUGGGCGGCGUUUCCUGUACAUGGUGAACCUGGAGGCGCCGUCCGAACCUCCUCGGAAGAUUGGUCGACAGAGUAAGUGGGACGUGGGGACGGUCCAGUGGAACCCCCACAAAUCUGAGUCACACGUCUUCGCCGCCUCCAGUAACCAACGUGUGGAUCUGUACUCGUGGAGGGAGGGCUGUGGAGAAGUUCACACCUCCCUGCAGGGACACACACGGGUCAUCAGUGAUCUGGACUGGUCCUGGUUUGAACCGGAGUUCCUGGUCACCAGCUCAGUCGACACCUACAUCUACAUCUGGGACACCAGAGACACUCGUAAACCCACGGUGGCUCUGUCUGCGGUCGCUGGGGCAUCUCAGGUGAAGUGGAACAGGAAGAACCAGUACCUGCUCGCAUCCAGUCACGAUGGAGAUGUUCGGAUCUGGGAUAAAAGAAAGCCGAACACGGCGGCGGAGUACGUGGCGGCUCACCUGUCGAAGAUCCACGGCCUCGACUGGCAUCCGGACAACGAGUUCAUCUUCGCCACGUCGAGUCAGGACAACUCAGUGAGGUUUUGGGAUUUCCGACAACCCAGAAAGUACCUGAACAUCCUGUCCUGUCAGGUGCCGGUGUGGAAGGCCAGGUACACGCCGUUCUCUAAUGGUCUGGUCACAGUGAUGGUUCCUCAGUUGAGGAGAGAGAACAGUCUGUUAUUGUGGAGCACGCUUGACCUCAACAGUCCCGUCCACGCCUUCGUCGGACACGACGAUGUGGUGCUCGAGUUCCGCUGGAGGCCACAGAAGGAAGGCUCUAAGGAUUACCAGCUGGUCACAUGGUCCAGAGAUCAGACUCUGAGGAUCUGGAGAGUGGAUCCUCAGCUGCAGAAGCUGUGUGUCAGUGACGUGGUGGAGGACCUGAUGGAGAGGAUGUCUCUGACUGUGGAGUCAGAGAAGUCUUUGUCCUCUCAGGAGCCGGAGAGUCAACACAGCGUCGGUCCUGCAUCAGACAACCUGCAGGAUCAGGACGGUUCUCUGAUCUCUGGAGGUCGUCAGGACUCGGCGGUGUGUUCAGGUCUCCCUCAGACGCUGCAGCAGGAGUUCUCUCUGGUCAACCUGCAGAUCAGAAACGUCAACGUGGAGAUGGACGCGGUGAACCGCAGCUGCGUGGUGUCGGCUCACUUCGGCAGCCAUCAGGUUCAUCUGGUGGUGAAGUUUCCCGCCCAGUAUCCCAACAACGCCGCGCCAACCUUCCAGUUCGUCUCGCCGACCACCAUCCCCUCCGCCAUGAAGACCAAGAUCCAGAAGAUCCUGACGGACACGUCUCUUCAGAAGGUGAAAAGGAACCAGAACUGUCUGGAGCCGUGUGUCCGACAGCUGGUCUCCUGUCUGGAGUCUGACAUGACUCAGGAGGACGGUCCGGCCUCUGGUCCCUUCGUCCUCUCUAACCCCGUCACUCCGGCCCUGCAGGCGUUUCCUCGAGUCACCAACACGUACGGCUCCUACCAGGAUGCCAACAUCCCGUUUCCUCGGACCUCCGGCGCUCGUUUUUGUGGCACUGGCUGUCUUGUUUACUUCACCCGACCAAUCACCAUGCACCGCUCUGCCCCGCCCACUGAGCCCACUCCCAGGUCUCUGUCAGCUCUGUCGGCCUAUCACAGCGGAGUGUUGACGCCCAUGAAGAUGCGUUCAGAGUCUCAGAACACUCUGAGGCUGUACAGCGGCAGCCCCACCCGCUCCGACAAGGACACCGUCUCCAUCUCCUCCUUCUACUAUAAAGAACGGAAGCUCCCAAUCUCUGCCUCCCGCCGCUGGUCUGUCCAAACACUCCAUGACUGGCCGAAAUCCCGCCGGUUCAAGACGAAGCGAGAGGGGACGGACUACGGCAACCGUCCCAUCAAACUGGCUGGGAAGGUGAUCAUCCAGGAGAUCUCCUGUCUGCUGCCCGUCCACAAGGCUCUGGGAGAGAGCUACAUUCUGAACGUGAACGACAUCCAGGAAACGUGUCAGAAGAACGCAGCAGCGGCACUCGCAGUCGGACGCAGGGACGUGGCGAAGGUGUGGGCUUUGGCAUCUGCAGCAACCAAUCAGGACCUGAGUCCAGAUUCAGACCCAGACACAGAGACUCCCUGGGCCAGACACCCGUUUGGACGCCACCUGCUGGAGACGCUUUUGGAUCACUACAGUCAGAUGAGUGACGUUCAGACUCUGGCCAUGCUGUGCAGUGUGUUCAGAGCUCAGGCUCCGCCUCCAGACUCUUACUCUCUGUAUGGGCACCACCCCUCCCGCUCCUCCAUGUUCCCCCCGCACCACUCACGAUAUCCCAGCUACACCUCCAGCUCCGUCACCUCAGGCUCCUGCUCCAGCACGUCUGACUCCAUCACUACGACCACCUGGAACGCAGGCCGAGACUCGGAGCACGCCAACCCCUGGGGUGAAUCUUCUCCUGACGACUAUCGUUAUGGAAACCAGGGUUACUCAGAUCCCCGGGAGCGAGAGCGAGAGCAGCACGACAUGAACAAGAGACUGCUGGACCCCGCCAACACGCUGCAGUUCGAUGACUUUAAGAAGUGUUACGGUGAGAUCUUGUACCGCUGGGGUCUGAGGGAGAAGAAAGCCGACGUGCUGAAGUUCGCCUCCUGUCCUCCGGAACCUCACAAAGGCAUCGAGUUCGGUGUGUACUGCUGUCACUGUCGCAGUCAGGCCCGUGGGACUCAGUGCGCCGUCUGUAAACGCCUCACCUUCCAGUGCGCCAUCUGUCACGUGGCUGUACGCGGCUCCUCCAACUUCUGCCUGAGCUGCGGCCACGGAGGACACACCAGUCACAUGAUGGACUGGUUCCGGCGGCAGGACGAGUGUCCGGCCGGCUGCGGCUGCCACUGUCUGCUGCAGAGCACCUUCUGACAUCACAGAGACCAGAGCGCUUCCUGUCAGAGGAGGAGCUGAACACACAGGUCUGAGGGACUGAGGCUGGUCGGAGCCCGAGGCAGAGACACAGACGGGACCUGAAGAUGGCGGCAGCAGUCUGUCCCACGCCGUCUCCUGAGUGAGACGUCUCAGCAGCUGCUGGACAGACAUGAAACCUGCUGUGGACGUUCAUGUUCCCAGAGGACGGUUCUUCAUGUUGCUUUUCCUCUCGUCGUUAUGAAGGAAACAGACAGGUGUCACACAGAGAAAAAAAGCUUUGUGCACAAAUGAAUAAAUUUUCUCUAAAAUGAAUCAUUGAGGGGUUUAAUUAACAGACCAGAAUUAAUUACAUCAAACAGAUUUUAAAUUAGACGUCAAAGACAACAACAUGGUUUAACAGGUCAAAUAUAAACUUUAUCUGUGAAACGUUUUUAUUCUCGUGGCUCAUUUACAUCAGAUUCUCCAGAGUCGGUUUAUUUUGCUGCUUCAGUCACAGCUUGAGCAGAAACUCUUCUCCUGAUUGGACGAGACAAACAGAAUUCAUUUAACAACCACAGAACAUGAUGGAGUUCAUUCAGUCUUCACCAGAGAACCAAACAAACUCUGGUGCUCCUCCAUAACUGACCUGGGUAGAAACAACAUGUCACUUCAGUUCCUGCUGCUGCAGAAAAUGAAACAUUUCUGAUGUGAAUGAGCCACUGACUUAUGUUUGUGUCUCCAUCAUGUCGACCAACAAAACCCAAACUCUCAGGCCGAACAGGUGAUUUAUGCCCUGAUGAUAAUACAGUGAUAUGAUGAGAUGUUUACUGUCCUCUGCAGCCGUUGUUCAUCUUCACUUCGGCCUCAUGUGACUCACGUGAUCACAGGACUGGUUUUCAACACGUUAAUGUAACUGAGCAGAGAACCGUGUUCACAGCUGUACUGUAUGUACAAAUAAUAAUAAAACAAGUACGUUUGAA